CACAGACAGACUUUACACACUGUACAGGACCAGAUCAGCUGGAUGCUUCAACACCACGGACUAGAGCGCAUCGCAAUCUGUUGACUGUGCUGUAUGAGUCAGAGAGGACCGGAGCAUCAUGUCGGAGCCGUUUGACUGUGACAGCUGUAAGGAGUCUCUGUACGGCAGGAAAUACAUCCAGGUGAACGACGUUCCCCACUGCGUCCCCUGUUACGACCGUCUGUAUGCAAACACCUGCCAGCAGUGCAAAGAGCUCAUCGAGCACAACUCACCGGAGCUGUAUUAUGAGGACAGGCAUUAUCACGAACACUGUUUCCGCUGCUCACACUGCAACCGUUCGCUGGCCGACAAGUCGUUCACCUGUCAGGAAGAUGCCCUGGUGUGUAACGACUGUUACUGCAAUGAGUUUUCAUCUAAAUGUGUGGCCUGCGGGAAGACUGUGAUGCCAGGCUCCAAGCAGCUGGAGUACGGAGGCUGCGCGUGGCACGAGGAAUGCUUUGUUUGUUGUGGUUGUGAGCAGCCCAUCGGCGCCCAGUCGUUCAUCCCAGAUAAGGGCGAGUACUACUGCGUGCCCUGUUACAAGGGACGAUUCGCCCCACACUGUGCCCACUGCAAAGAGAGCUUGGUUCAAGGUGGUGUUACAUAUAGAGACGAGCCCUGGCAUAAAGAAUGUUUCCUGUGUACUGGUUGUAAAGUACAGCUUGCGGGACAGCCUUUCACAACACGGGGAGAAGAUCCAUACUGCGUGAAGUGCUUCAGCAACCUGUACGCCCAAAAAUGCUCUGCCUGCGACAAACCCAUCACAGGUUUUGGAGAAGGGAAGUACAUCUCGUUUGAGGAGCGUCAGUGGCAUCAGCCGUGUUUUAAGUGCUCUGAGUGUUCGGUGUCUCUGGUCGGGGCAGGAUUCUUCCCUGAUGGAACAAAGAUUUUCUGCAAAAGCUGCAAUGCCAAAUAACCCACAACUGCUUCUUUUAAAUGUGCUAAAGCUGUUUGUGAACAGACAUUUGUGUAAUAUGAACACAUUUAUGAAACAUUUGACAUAAUUUAAACAUGAAUUGUAUGAUGUACAUUAAAGUUUUGCUGUUGCAUUCUCCUAAAUCAGGAUGUUAAAAAUCUCUAAACUUGAAGGACUUGUUUGAUCGGGUUGAAGCAUUUUGUGGUUUAAAUUAGAAAUUCAAAUCAUUUGAACCAAGCGUGCAUAUGCCAAAGGCUCCGUUUCCUGAGAUGUUGUUGUUUUCGUCAUUAGUCUUUUGAAUUUACAUUUGAGUAAUUUUCCAUGUGUUUGAAUAAACGUCAGGCCUUUAAAUUCCCUCCAACAGCAACAUUCUUUUAAAAAAUGUACAUUUGAACAAAACACACACUGACCCAAAUUAUUGUUAAUGUAUUAUUGGCAAAAAUGUUUGUUAAACACAGUGAAUUUUAGAGGACUAUUUUAAUGCACCAAUGCAUGCUUUUAAUAAUUCUCACAUGAAAUAUUCACAUAUUAAUUCCUAUUUAUGCUGCUUUCAAAAGAAUAUUUUUGCUGAUUUUUACAGAUGUUUGAUGUAUUUUUUGCACAUGAAUGCCUUAUGUAAAACUGCUCCUGCUGUUGUAUUUCCUUUCAUAAAAAGGGAUGCAUCGAUCUGAUACUCAGUAUCUGUAUCGGCUCCGAUACUGGCAUUUUCUGUCGGAUCGGGUAUCGGUCAGACGAGACCGAUCCAAAUC